UCCCUCUCUCCAGUGGCACCAGUGUGUUAUGCACAGCAGCCAAAAGACCAGCCUGGGGAGCCAGCAUUGCGGGGGAAGCCGUGGGAAAAGGGGGGGUAUGCCUCCCCUUCCCCCCUCCUCAGGGACACAGCACUGGUAGCCCUCGGAGCAGGCUGAAGGGGCACUCUGGGAGCGUCUCCGAACUUUUCUGCUGGAGGACAAAAAAAAAAAGCCCCGGUUCUUAAGAGGCUGCUUACAAGGGGAUCAAGGCAGUUGCCCUGCUAUCCCCCCCACUCCAGCUCCUGUGACCUGCUGCCCCAUCUGUGAACCAGCUCCCACACUCCCAGCAGGAGGAGGCGGAGGCAACAGAAGACAGGAGACAGUGGAUUAGCCCUAAGCCUGCAGCUUUGUUUGCUGCUAGCCAGACGCAGCUUCCGGCAGCAACAGCAGCACCUGGGGUGACCACAGACCCCCCUGAGACACCUUCGCACCACCAUCCUCACCAGGGAGGUGGUGGCAAGAAAACAAGACUCCCCUCCUGGGAGGAGUUACAUGACCAGCCAGAAGUCCCUUGCACCACUCACUGGGGCAGCUUCUGGCAGCCAACAGAUCUGGGACAUACACUCUGCGGGUAAUUUCAUAACAGUGCAGAGAAACCGGGGGAUAGGCAAGAUUCCCACCAGCCACUCUUAAAACCAAGGGACCAUAACGUGAGCCGUGCCUCCAUGCCCCUGAGAGCACCAGGGGCAGGAGCAAGGGUGAUGGGGAGGCCAGGGAUGUGACAGGCUGCCCUGGUGUUGGAGGCCCAGUUAAGGCUAGUUUCUUGGGCUUUUAAAAGUGUGGGUGCACGUGGGCAACAACAGGGUGCAAUAUGAGCCUUGGAAAGCUCCCCGUGAUCAGCUGGGUGUCAGGCUCCCAUGGCAAGCGGCGGCUGAAGUCAGAGCUGACCCCAGAUAUGAUCAGCCCACCGUUGGGGGACUUCCGGCACACCAUGCACGUGGGACGUGGCGGGGACGUCUUCGGGGACACCUCCUUCCUCAGCAACCACGGUGGGAACGACACAGUCAAAGCCAACAACUUCUUCACCCGGACACUGCGGCACGUCCGCCGGACACCGCUAAGGAGCCGGGGCAGUGAGAGCCAAGCCGAGACAUCACCCGCCCCCCCGGCUGUCUCACCCAUCAUCAAGAAUGCCGUGUCACUGCCGCAGCUCAAUGAGGGGAUGUACGACGGGGGCAGCAACGGCGGGGGGGGGGUGGCCAGCAAGUUCUCCUUCAAAAGUGCUUCCAACAGCUUCUCCAAAACACACCAGGCCUACGGGCUGGAGUCUGGAUUUUGCACCAUCCCUCGUGUCCCUCGCUUGGAAAAGGCCCAAGAGAGCACCUUCCCUGGCGAAACAGAGCUCACACGUUCAGACUCCCUGCUCUCCUUCCGCCUGGACCUGGGGCCCUCCCUCAUGAGUGAGCUCCUCCAGGUGAUGAGCUUCUCCGAAACCAAUGGGAACGAGGCAGGGGACGAUGGCCAAGACCUGCCUGGUGGGCACAUUCUCCUGCAUGGUGAGGGGUCUGAGGACAGAGUCCCUCUGGGAUCAGGCACAGCCCAUGGAGAAGGGAAGGCAGCAUCCAGCUUCUGGGACCACACUGGGCAAACUAGCCUGUCCGGGGCCAGCUCAUUACUAGGACUGACUGUCCAUGCCAAUGGAGAGGCACAUGCUAUUGAGCACAUAGGAGAGGAUCCUGCCAAAGUUAGGGGCUCUGGCUGGGCUUCGGGGCUGGCAGAGGGGCCAGAGGCAGUGUCCAGAGGGACCCUGUGGCAAGGGCACUGGAAUGACUGCACCAUAGAGGCGGGAGAGUUUGACCGAGCAGCCCAGGUCCUGGCUCGCCAUUAUGGUGGGACGAGCACCCCACGUAGCUCAGAGGAAAAGGACGAGGGUGCCCGGCAGGCCCGGAGGCAGGCCUUGUGGGAGAGCCCCAGCAGCAGCUCAUGGCGGUCACAAGUGGCAACAGACAGCCAGUCCCUGGAGGCCCCAUGGAACCAAGAAGAGGAAGAGGAAGAGAAUGAGCUCUCAAGCCUGCAGGAGGGGGAUGCUGGCACCCAGGACGGCCGCAGCAAUUCCUUCGAAUAUGCUGAUGAGGAGGAAGAGGACGAUGAAGUCAAGGUGUGAACAGCUAUCCCUUCCAUCAAGACCCCCAUCCAAAGACACCAAUGCUAUGGUCUUCACCCUCCUCCCUAUCCCCUUCCCUUGGAUGCCAGCUCCGUAAGAGAGCUGAUAACAGACUCAAUGGGCGAA